CCGUUCGAGGAAUCGAUUGCAUCGUAUCGAUUGAGAUCCUCGAAUCGCAAAUGCUUUUUUUCAUUUUUCUAAAAAAACGGUGGACUAUUAAUCGUUUUUAUUACUUAGUUCAUUCAUAACUCAUAACUAUCAAAUGAUUCUGCAUCGAUAGAAUCUCUGAAAAGUUAAAUUCGAUUAGAAUAAAAAAAUGCUGGAUAACUUCAGAACAGAUUUUGAUUUUGAUUUUCUGAAGAAAUUAUUUACUUUCAAAUUUUUUUACAAGCCGCUCAAAGAAUAUCAAAUAAUUGGAUAAAAAAAGUUUAAAAAAUUAAAGUUGGCCGGCGAACUUCACACAGCUAACGGUUGUAUGUAUUCAUCAUUUGUUAACAAAACAAGAGUUACCGCAGUUUUUCAAAUAAAAUACGUGUACUUAAAGGUUUAAAUACAAAGAAUAGGUUAAUACCCAAAAUAUGACGGCUACAACGAAUACGAAUAUAAUGGUGGAACUGCAUUCUCAAGAAACAGUAACAGACGAUAUUAAGAACUGUGAAAUUUCCAAUGGGAAUAAUAUAAGGAGAACUAAUGACAGUAGUAACAAUGAUCAAGCAACAUUAGAGAUUCUACAAUGCUUUGUCUGUGACAUCAAAGUGCAUGGACGUCAUUAUUCCCUAGCCACAUGCAGGACACAGAGUACUAGAGGCAGAGUUAUUGAAAAACUGGGUGAACUUGUUGGCGAGAGGUAUAUGGUUGUCAUCUCUGAGGAUGAUGUUAUCUGUCGAAGUUGUGCUAAUUUGAUGAAUACUCUUGAUCGACUUGAAGCUGAGAUGAAAGGAGUUCGUAGCACGAUACUUCAUUUCUUGGAGCGGAAAUAUUCGCUCGACGAAGGAGAACUUUUAGGUAACAGCGAUCCAGUUAAACUAUGUCAACCACCGCAGAUUACCAAGAGUCAUCCACAAAAUACCAAUAGCUAUCAUGGUAGAAAACGAGCGGCAGUUUCACCGAGUACUUUCUCAAAUGAUAAUAAGCAGAAAAAAUCUCAUGUCUGGAUGCAGUGUGAUAAGUGUAGAUAUACUACGCAACAUAAUGCCUUCAUGGUUCAUCAUAUUCGACAGCACAUCAAACAUAACUUCAAUUGUGAUAAGUGUGGCAUACCAUUUCAAAGACAACAAAAAUUUGCCCACAGCUGUACAACAAAAAAGGAGGAUAAAAGGGAUAAUUAUAUUAGAGAAGACUACAUUGAAGUAGAUAAAAGUGAUUCUAUAGAAGCAUCAAAUCUCAAAGAAAUUAAUAUUGGCAUGCACACCAAACCAGAAAUACUUCAAGUGAUAUCACAUCCAACAAAUUCUGAAAUAUCAAAUGCUAUCAAACAGGAGAGUGUGCAAUUGAUAAGGCUGUCAACUCCAGGUGAUUUGCAAAUCCAAGGAAUUAUAGCAGCUGAUUCCAGCACAGCAAGCCAUCCUUUAUUGGUGCGUGUUCUCCAACACGUAGACAUUGAACAGGAGCAACUACAAUCACAAGACAUAAUAGGAACAAAUACUGCACCAGGAAUGAUGGUUAAAGUCAAAGAAAACUAUGGAGGGAAACAAAUGUUGACGCUAACUGAAGAUGGAAGUUUAGAAAUGGUUGAGGUAGCGUGCUGGGAUGACGUACAGCCAUCAGAUCACACCCUGAUAUAACAUUAUAAUUCUAUUGUUUAGAUAUUACAUCUCUUUAUUUACAUUACAUAAGAUUGUUUGCUUGGCACUAGACCCAUGAGGAUGUUAUUACUCGUUAUUUAUAUUGUCAACUGUUCCAAGAGAAUUAUAAAAAUUAAAGAAUUAUUUAUUUUGUUUGAAUGACGGGUAAUAACCCUUUUACACUGUUGCCUUAUAAUUAUAUAAAAGUCUAUAUCGCAGAUCCCACGUCGCAUCAUCUGUAACACUGCCAUUCAGCUAUUAUAUGUACGCACAUACACGGAGCAGCGACGUCAGAAACGAGGAAAUCUUUAUAAACAUUUUAUUCCUCCAUUUUCCAUUCAUCCAAUUAUUAAUUCAACCGUAUUCUUUAUACGACAUGGAAAAUAAGUCAUCUGCGUUUAAGUACAUAAAAUACACUAUGUACACAAAUUAAUCUGGCCUAAUUGGGGUCGUCAUGAGGGCUUAGCAGUUCGCAGGUUUUUUUAAGUAUUAUUUUUGAAGACAAGAUUUUUAUAAAUUUUAAAUCCAUAUGAUGCAGCUUUUUUGUCGUGCAAGAGAGGUAAUUAACCAAUAAUGUAUUAAAUUAGUUGACAACAAAAGGAACAAAUGGUAGCAAAGGUUUCCUCGCCUCAUUACAAAUCCUGUGUAAAGGUGUAUUUGCCUCAUAAUUACGUGAGCUGCUAGGGCUGAAAUAAAUCUGAAGUUACUUAUUCCGUGUUCUUGAUGUUUAUAUGUUAUAUACAUCCGCUUAGGCCAUUAUCAAUUUCCUUUGAAUUAUCAAAUAUAAAAAGGAGCAUGCCAUCAUUAACGUCAAACACAGAGUUUAUUGAGGGAAUUCACAAAGUUUCCCUCCUUGUUGAAUAUUCGUGGGCAAACCUAACAUACAAAAGCGAAACUUUAGAUAUUAAGUAUCUUAAGUAUUUAUUCUGCACAGUUUUAGGUUUUUUAAUAUAAUGCGCAUAUUAUAGCCUCCAUACCGCUGAUGUAUAUUAAAAAUUGAUUUAACUAAUAACAGGUGAGAGGUCUGUAUAGUUUUUAUAUCCUUAAACUGUGUAUUCAUAUUGUAUAUCUUAGGUCUUAAUUGUUUAUGUGCUUUGUUGAUGACGUAUCGUAUGUGUUUGUAGAAUGCUAAAUUUAUAAUACAUUGAGUAGAAUUCCGAAGUCUGCAACAACACAUAUUCUUCGAAGUAGAUUAAUAAUUGAGUACUAGUAUUCAUAAUAGGAGUCUCUGCUGAGGUCAAUAAAAGCAUUUUUCAACGUUUAAAA